AUGGGAGGGGCCACAGAAGGAGGAUAUAAACACAGUAGCGUUCGGAGUGAAAAAGAAGACCUACACAGAACGUUUAUCUACUACUGUAACAAGGAGCCAUGGUAAAGUGUAUAGCUGUAGUUCUGUCAGGGUGUGGGGUCUACGAUGGGACAGAAAUCCAUGAGGCGUCUGCUGUACUGGUCCACCUCAGCAGGGCUGGAGCUAAGGUCCAGAUGUUUGCCCCCAACGUGGAUCAGAUGCAUGUGGUGAACCACUGCGAGGGGAAACCCACAGCGGAGAAACGCAAUGUCCUGCAGGAGAGUGCUCGCAUUGCCCGCGGUGACGUGUCAGACCUUACCAAACUGGACAUCACCGCUUUCGACGCCCUCGUCAUCCCAGGUGGUUUUGGUGUGGCUAAGAACCUGUCGGACUGGGCUGUAAAGGGGAAGGAGUACACGGUUCAACCCCAGGUAGAAAAGCUGAUUAAGGGGUUCCACAGCGUAGGCAAGCCCCUGGCUAUGUGCUGCAUCUCCCCUGUCCUAGCCGCUAGGGCCCUGCCGGGGUGUGAGAUCACCGUGGGACACGACAAAGAGUGUGAGAGAUGGCCCUAUGCCCAGACGGCGACCACCAUGACUGAGCUGGGCUGUAAACACGUGAAUAAGAACGUGGGGGAGGUGCACAUUGACGUAAAGAACAAGCUGGUCACCACCUCCGCCUUCAUGUGUAACGCUCCCAUACACGAGGUGUUUGAUGGGGUGGGUGUGAUGGUUACAGAGCUGCUCAAACUGGCCUAGAAAGGUUGUGUCCCAAAUGGCACCUUAUUCCCUUUUUUAUAGUGAUUAUGGGUCAAAGGAAGUGCACUAUAUAGGGUGUCAUUUGGGACUGCACUAUAUAGGGUGUCAUUUAGGACUCUACCUUUAGAAUCGGGUUUGUUGUUUUCCUGGAGACCAUCCUGAUCUGAUUUACUCCAGUGUCACUUACUGGCUUGUUUAAAAAGCUGAAACAGACAUAAGAAGCUAUGUAUCUCUACUGGGAUUUGUGCUACUAUCAAAAUUGUAAUAAAAGUGACGUAAAACACA